AUGGCCACCGCGCUUUCCUACGUCUUCCGCUCAUCCGCAUCCGGGAAGGCUCGGGCCACGCACCUCAGCUUCUACUCCACAAUCUCGAACCUCACCCGCACGAACUGGAAAACGGGCGCACACCCCGCGCCCCAAUCCCUCAUCCAGUCCGAGGACGACAGCGCAUGGCCGCAGCCUCUCAAAGAGGCCCACGACUCCCCGCUCCCACCCAGUUCCGAUCACCCCCAGCAGGACGCAGGCAAGAAGCGGCGCUCGUACCGCGUCGUGCCCAUCAAGACCGUCACGGAGCCCGCGGCGCCCGAGCACCGCGCGCACACGCGCACGAUGAAGGAGCGGUUUCCUGAGGGCUGGGCGCCCCCGCGCAAGAUCUCGCGCGAGGCGAUGGACGCCCUUCGGGAGCUGCAUCGGCUCGACCCCGAGCAGUUCAGCACGCCUUCUCUCGCCAGCCGGUUCAGGAUCAGUGCGGAGGCCGUGCGAAGGAUCCUGAAGAGCAAGUGGGAACCAUCGCGCGAGCAAAAGAUCCGGAUGGCGCAGCGGGAGAAGGAGGGACGGGAGCGGUUCUUCAAGGCGAGAAUGGAGGAGGAGCAGAAGCGGUAUGAGGCGGAUCAGCAGCGGUACGAGGACUUGAGGGAGGAGGCGGGUUUGGGCGUGCCGAAGAAAAAGGACGCGCUGACGUUUGUUUGA